UCACAUUUCAGUAGUUUCCGUUAAUGCGUUCGGCUCGUCGAGGUGGUGGUCAGGUGGUCCUCAUCUCAUCUUUUUUUCUGGAAUAGAUAUCUUCAGUGUGUAAUUAGGUGGAAAACAAUAUUGAAAGAACAAUUCGCACCCGAUAAAAACGAAAUAUUCAAACAGCAGAAAAAACCACAGCGGAAAAGCCACGAAAAUAAACCAAACAAAAGAAAUCGGAGAUCGGAGAUAGUUUUUGAAGUUUUUCCUGUGUGUUAGAGUGGUCUUUUUUGUUUAAAUUGUUGUUUCGUUGCCUGCCGCAAGAUGCCUCUGUACUCGGACUCCACCAACUACUACUACAGCGGCGGCAGCAGCCAGCUGUACUCCCCGUACUACAGCUCAGGACUGGGGCUGAGCGGCGUCGGAUCGGGAGCCGGAUCCAGUUACACGUCCAACUACAAUCGCUCGUAUCCGGCCAGCUAUAUGGUGCCGCUGUCGCCGUCAUCACCGCGAUCGCCCAGCAGCUACACGGGCGGCAGCAGCAGCGCCAGCUCCCUGCACAGCCUGGGAUCGCGCUACCAACCGAAGCUGACGACCAUCACGGAGAGCUCGGGACUGGUGGGACGGCAUGCCGGCCACAGCAGCUUAAUGCCCCUCACCCGGAUACAGUCGCCCAAGUAUGUGUCGAGCCCGAGCCCCUCACACAGCUAUAGCCACAGCUCCGCCAACAGCAGCAGCAGUCGCUAUAUACCGCCACGUCCGAUCGCCAUCAACACGGCGGACAUCGAUGUAAGUUCGGCCCGGUAUCGGAGACCUCUGGCCCCGAGCCGCAGCACUGAGAGGGAGGAAAGGGACAGGGGGAAGGAACCAUCCAAGGAUAAGGAAAAAGAGAGGGCCGAGCAGGUCAAGGUGCAGGUGCAGGUGGAGCUGGCACAGAGGGAGGUGACUCCACCAGCGGCUGUGGAGGGCCAGGAGUCCGUCCCAGACAAUAGACAGCCGCGUCGAUCCACUAUCAGACGCAAUCGGGCCGUGGUACGGCUCUCCACCAUCCGUAGAAAGAGCAAGGACCGCUCGGAAGCCCCAGCCGAAAAGAGUCUCGCGGCCAAGGAGGAACAGAGGCCGGCACCUGCACUGGAGCACCAGUUUCGGGACUUGCCGCCGGCCACCGAGCCGAGUCUUAGUUGGCGCCAGAAGCUGGCCGAAGACCUGGCCGCCUUUCCUGCAGUCAGCAACAAGAAGUCGCCCGGGGAGCUUCUACGGGAGCGGUUCUUCAUCCACGACGACAAGGAGCUGGCGGAGCAGCAGCCUCAGUCAAGGGCCAGACAGCUACGGGUCCAGGAGGUGGCCCAGCCACUGCCACAGAGUGGCCGGGAGAGCCUGGCUCUGGAGGUGAAGACAAACACAAAGUUGACACAAGAGAGUGACAAAGAAAAGGAGGAGAGCGAACAGGAGGAGAUGGAGGAGAUGCAUGAGACAAUCCGUCGUCUGAGCCUUGUCCAGUGCCCGACCUUCCACGAUAUCUGCGAGGACAUCUCCUCGGACAAGAUCGAUGACGAUCUGAAUGCCGGAGAACUGCGACGGCGCGCCUCCAUCAUCCAGGAGCAAGAGCAGGAAAUACUCAACAAGCUGCAGAAGUCCAGCUCCGGCAGCUUCCAGUUGAUUAACCUGGAGCGACGAUCCAGCCACGACAGCACCACGGCCGACGAGUCCUCCAGCGGACAUCGGCGCAGCUCCAAACAGCGCAAGAAGAGCAAGAAGCAGCGCCACAAGAUCACGGCCAUUGUUGAGGUGCAGAAUGCACCGACCACGGUCCAGCUGGAGCACAUGCCCAGUGUCCUGGAGCUGAACGAGGACACCGGCACGUUGAUGCCGCUGCAGUCAAGCAGCUCCUUUUCCACCUCCACCUCCGCAUCCAGCUCCACGCCCAGUCCCAGUCCUAAGCCCAAGUUCACGGUCAACGUGGAGGUGGAGGAGCAUACCCAGAUACACAAGAUAUUCAAGCUGCCCAAGAAAAAGACAGUACCCAAGUCGGCAGAGACCCAGCCAGCGGUGGAGGAGGAAGGUGCGCUGCCCGAGGGCUUCAUGAAAUCCGCUCCCAAGCCGGCAAAAACAUCGCCACUGAAGAAACCGAAGUCCGCACCACCACAGGUGCAGUCGCAGGUGCCGCACCAGCCACAGCAGCACGUGAGUGUUGCUCAGAUCUUCACCUUCAAUGAGGCGGCAAUUCAGCAGGCACAGCCGCCGGAGACCAAAAUUGAAGGUGUGGCCACGCCCAAGCCCAUCCGGAAGGCCAUACAGAAGUCGGAGAGCGGUGAUGAUUUCUGGUCGCAGAUCGGAUCACGGGAGACGCUCUACAUGACCAAUCGGAAGAAGGCGAUUACAGAGCGGCAGGAGAAGGUCCAGGAAGAGAGUGGCGAAGUGGAAGAGCAGCUACAGUCAAGGACUACACCAACGACACCUAAGCUCAAGUCCGAACUUCUUAUUGAGCUCAAGACAACAGGAGAGAAUACGGCUUCUAUAACAGCUGCUAAGACGACUACACCAACUUCACCAAAGAUUACAGCAGCAACAGCACAAAUAGGCGGAGUCAAAACCACUCUGGCAAGAGCCAAAAGCCCACCAAAAGUUUCCCCAGCAACUGAUUCAACAGGAGGAGAAAGACGAUCAAGUGCAGAAACUAAAAAGACUUCACCAAAGACAACAACAAUUACUACAACAACAGAUCUAAUCAAAUUAACACCAGCAUUGACAAAAGAUUCGCCAACAACGGUUCUACCCAAAUUGACAAUCGUUGCAAAGCCAAGAGACUCACCAGUGGCUACACCAACAGCUACACCAACAAAAGAUUUACCAACGAAAAAAUCCGCAAAUUCGUCAACAACGAUAGAUGCAACAAAAGCAAAACUAACAACUACGCCAAAAGCAGAUUUAGCAAUACAGAAAUCAACAAUAGAUUACCCAACGAAAGAUUCACCAACAAAAAAAUCAACAGCAGCUACAACAACACCACCCAUAGAUUCACCAAAAAUUACUGCAACACCUACGGAAGACAAAAAAUCAACACCAAAAACCACGAAGGCUUCACCAACGAUUUCACCCAAGAAUUCAACUACAACGACAACAUCAAAGGUGAAAUUACCAAAAACUGCAACAGAAAAGAUACCAUCAACAGCUGUGUCAGCAACCAAGACGCCAACAACACCAGAAUCGCCAACACCAGCACCAACAACAGCAACACCAACACCAACACCAACAUCAGAACCAACAACAACGACAAAAGCAACAGGAAAACCAACAUCGCCAAAGACAAAGGUGCUGGCAUCUGGCAACGCUGCACAGACGGGCAUCCCAGUUGUCAUGACAACGACAAAUGCUGUGGCAAAAUCUGCAACAGCAACAGCAACAGCACCAGCGACGGGAGGGCCAAAAAUAAAUAGCGGGCAAUCGGCCAAGUCACCUGAACAACAACAGGCAACAACAGCCGUCGCCGCCGUCGGCGGCGUCGUCGCAGUGCCAGUGGUAGUGGCUGCCACGAAAUUAAAUAAAACAACGCACAAGGAACAGCACCUGCAGCAGCAGCCACUGCAACAACCAGCAGAAGGAGCUGCCGCAACAACAACAUUGAGGCAGCCAACGGAAAUCAAACCGAAAUUGGCGGAAACUGUUGAGCCAACGGGCAAGUCAAAGGUCCCAUCACCGAAAGCGACAAAGCCAAAAAGUGCCGGUAAAACAAAUAAUGCGGUAAAAAAGAAGGCAGCCACACCAACUACUGCAGCUGCAACAGCCACUGCAACUGCAACUGCAGCAGCAACAUCAACAGCUGAGAGCAAUGUGACCCCAAUCAAUGCCGAUCAAUUUAUAACGCUGGCCCCCACAAAGGCGGCCAAAACAUCGCCAGGGAAGCAGCAACAGCAACAGCAACAGCAGCAGCAACAACAACCACAGGCGAAAUUGGUGGCCACAAAUGCGUCAUCGCUGGCGGCAGUCGCUGCAACGACAACGCCAACGCCAACGCCAACGCCUACAACAAUUGCUCCUGCUGCCACUGCCACUGCCGUUGCAGCAACAGCAACAGCGAUAACAAUAGAGCGAUCUGUGGCCAGUGUUGAUGUUGCAGCCGCAGUCGCUGGGAUCGGGAUCGAGAUCGGCAUCGGCAUCGACACCAACAUCGGCGAUGACCGAAGCGGCGACGGCAACGGCAACGCCAACAGCUGCGGCGAAGGCGUCGGCAAUAAUUUAUCAAAGUUUGCAACAGUAUCGAAUUUGGCACAGUGUCUGCGAGACGUUGAUGCCGAGCUCGAGGACUAUAUACCAUCGUCUGCGGAGAAUAGCGACGACGACAGUUCGGACGAUUACUCCAGCGCGGCCGGUUGUGCGAAUCUGAGCGCCAGCAUGAAGAAGAAGCAGCGCAAGGAGAAGAAGAAGCAGAAGGCGAAAGGGGCCGCUGCAGCGCCGCCCCGUUUCGAUCCCCACAAGAAGGUCAAAAUCGAUACGACCAACAAGUGCUAUGUGAAGGAGGAGGCGCCCCGGUACCCACUGGUGGCCACGCCACGGCCCCUGUGGAAGCGCGAAAAGAUCGUCUACUCCGACGAGAACACAGACGACGAGAGCAGCGAGGAGGGCAGCGAGGCCACCGCCGGCUCCCUCGACGAGGACAGUGAUGACGAGAGCGAGGAGUGCAGCUCCUCCAGCAGCAGCGCCAGCUCCGUGGAGUCCGAAGCGGCGGCCACCAGCAAGAGAAGAACGGACGAGGCCGAUGGAACGACACCGGCUGCCGCUGCUGGGGGCAGCAGCAGUACAGUCACCUCAGCGGCGACUCUGAGCGUGGGUGCGGCAUCCACAUCGACAUCCAGCUCGCCAUCGAUCAUACGGAUGAGCACGUGCAGCAAUGAUUCCGGCUUCGAGGGCGGCACAGCACCCUCCAGUCCCAAGAAAAUGCUAGAAUGUGACGUGAAUUGCCACAAGAAAUGCGAACGGCUCACGGCCAAUUUAUGCGGCGUCAAUCAGAAACUCAUCGUCGAGGCGCUCACCUACGUGAAGCGAGGCGCCCGCGAAACCCGUGACUCGCCCAGCACGCCGCCCAGCCUGAAUCCAGCCUAUAAGAUCGAGGCCAGUGAUGAACACGAUGAAACAUCAUACACAUAUUCACAAUUCCAAAAAUCCGGACGUUUCACUGCGCCAGCAACAGUAAUACCUAGAUUUAAGAAUUAUUCGGUAGAUGAUUUCCACUUUCUCGCCGUUCUCGGCAAGGGAAGUUUCGGAAAGGUUCUGCUGGCUGAGCUGCGUGAAACCACAUACUACUAUGCCAUCAAGUGUCUGAAAAAGGACGUCGUUCUGGAGGAUGACGAUGUGGACUCGACGCUGAUCGAACGCAAAGUCUUGGCCUUGGGCACCAAGCAUCCGUAUCUGUGCCAUCUGUUUUGCACCUUUCAAACGGAGAGCCAUUUGUUCUUCGUGAUGGAGUAUCUGAAUGGCGGUGAUCUCAUGUUCCAUAUACAGGAGAGUGGACGCUUCUCCGAGGAGCGAGCACGAUUCUAUGGCGCUGAAAUAAUCUCUGGGCUCAAAUUCCUGCACAAAAAGGGCAUUAUCUACAGGGAUCUCAAAUUGGAUAACGUUCUGCUGGACUACGAGGGGCAUGUACGUAUUGCCGAUUUCGGCAUGUGUAAGCUGCAGAUCUACUUGGACAAGACGGCCGACAGUUUUUGCGGCACACCCGAUUAUAUGGCGCCCGAAAUUAUUAAGGGUGAAAAGUACAAUCAGAAUGUGGAUUGGUGGUCGUUCGGUGUGCUGCUCUAUGAAAUGCUGAUCGGCCAAUCGCCAUUCAGUGGCUGCGACGAGGACGAGCUCUUCUGGUCCAUAUGCAACGAAAUUCCAUGGUUCCCCGUCUACAUAUCCGCCGAGGCCACGGGCAUACUCAAGGGGUUGCUGGAGAAGGACUUCGCGAAAAGGAUUGGUUCACAGUACAGUCCAGCUGGUGAUAUAGCCGAUCAUAUAUUCUUUAGGCCCAUUGACUGGAAUCUGCUCGAGAAGCGGCAAAUCGAGCCUCCCUUCAAGCCCCAAGUGAAACAUCCCCUGGAUACGCAAUACUUCGAUCGAGUGUUCACCAGGGAGCGGGUUCGGCUCACACCCAUCGACAAGGAGAUACUGGCCUCCAUGGAUCAGAAGCAGUUCCAUGGCUUCACCUACACGAAUCCCCACAUCACAUUGGACUAGAUCUAAGCCUAUCCUGAAACCAACUACACCUGCACCUACACCUAAAUCUAAAGCUAAAUCAAUAUCUUAACUAAUUCUUUAGAGCAACAGUAUUUGUAUAUGUAAAUAUUCAUUAUGAAACCAUAUUGAAACCAUCCAUAUCGCUGGGGAGGAGAGCCGAGCCACGAAGAUGGAGGGAACUCGAGGAUCGAGGAUAGUUUUGAAGAGGGUCUAAUUUUUAGAUUAGUUCGAAUGUGAGAGUGCACAAUACAUGGCUCUCUCGAGUAUAACUCUAGUCAAUACACCUAGCCAUACACCUAUUUCUAAGUCUAUAAAUUCUACUAUAAUUGUACAGAUAUCCUUCUCUCUAUCAUAUACAUACAACACACACAAACACGUUCACAAAUACACGCAUACUAUAUACAUACAUACAUAUAUACAUAUAUGGACAAGUUUUUUUUUGGCAACUUUUUUGUUCUUAAUUUUAGUGAUACGCCAAAAAGCUCUACGUCUAUGAGAAAUAAAAAUACAAAUAAAAAUCAAUGGAAAAGCAAAAAACAAA